AUGCUAUGGUUCGUGUUUCAGCUGGCUACUUCUACAAUCGCAGUGCACACACUGCUCGGUAGAACUGUUCUCUACUCUGUCCUUCCCGCAUACUUCAUGGCAACCAUAUACCCACUCGCCAAGCACUGGAUGCCGUGGCCUCAGUUUGCUUUGGCUCCUGCCGUUGCAUGGCCAGUCGUCACGGGCUGCGUUUCUGCUGCGGACCUUUCUUAUACACAAGAAAAUCACAACGAUAUAUCGGCAAUCACCUUCAUGCAGCUGGAUCUGUCCAUCUGCGCUCCCCUCUUUCUGGCCUACGCGUCGUGGACCAUAUAUUUUGACACUGCGUAUGGAUUGCAGGAUAUCGUUGGUGACAGAGAAUCUGGCAUCGGGUCCCUUGCACAGGACCUGGGGAAGCGAUACAUAAGAGCAUUUUUGGCAGUCGUCGGAGUGGCUAUCAUCAUUUUGUUGAGUUUUGGGGCCAUCUCCGCGGGGUGUUCGCCGGUCUUUUGGACAUUCGGAGUUGGGACAUUCGGAGUUGGGACAUGGACAUGUAGCAUUCUGCAUCAGCUGUACAUUCUUGACGCUGAAGACCCAAAAUCUGGCGGAAGAGUUUUUGGUAUCAACAUUGUCCUGGGGUUCUUGGUAACCGUAGUUGCCACAGCUAAGGUCACCAUUGCCGUCAGUUGGCCACCCCAACAGCUGUAG